ACUCAUAACCAAUUAAUAAAAUAUUGAGAUAAAUACAAAAGUUACUACGUUUAACCAAAUCUCGGAAUUUCCAUAACGAUUUUGAAAAUUUCGAAAAUCAAGAAAUAAAGUUAAAAAAAAAAAGCAAAUAAAAAAGGAAAUUAAGAAUGGCAAAAGGGAAAAAAAACAAUAAGUGUGGGGGUGGGCGUGACUAUAUUUAAGAAGGAUGUUACUAAAGAAACGGCGUUUUCUUCUUCGUAGCCUUUUUGACUCUUCUUCUUCUUCUUCUCCAAUUCCUUUAAUCCCAAUAUAUAUUUUUUACUCUCUCUUGCUAUAACUCUAUCUUCUUCGCCGAGUGAAAUGAAAACCCGGGAGAGAAAAGUAAAGUACACGGUUCACCGGAAAAUCACUUCCUUACCGUUCAACGGUUUCCCCAAGACUGUGAAAAUCAUAGUCACUGACCCAUGUGCUACUGAUUCUUCCAGCGACGAAGAUACCGACAACAUAUACGUACCUCCAAGGGUUAAACGUUUUGUCGAAGAGAUCAGGUUCUGUGGCGACGACGACGGAGCUAAACCGGCGAGGAAGGCGAAGAACAAGGCGACUACGGAGACCGCUCGUGAUUUGGUGAAGCCUGUGGUCAAGUACAGAGGAGUUAGACAACGACCUUGGGGUAAAUUCGCGGCGGAGAUUCGUGAUCCUUCCACUCGUACUCGUCUCUGGCUUGGAACUUUCGCCACGGCGGAGGAAGCUGCUAUAGGUUACGAUAGAGCAGCGAUUCGACUCAAAGGGCACAACGCGCAGACGAAUUUUCUCACUCCUCCUCCUCCGACUGAGGCGUUUCCGAAAACUCCGGUGAUUGAUCUUGAAACGGUCUCUGGUUGCGAUUCGGCGAGGGAAUCACAAACCAGUCUGUGUUCUCCGACGUCGGUUCUCCGGUUUGACCACAACGAAGAAACAGAGUACAGAACAGAGCCGAUGAAGCGCUCCUCUGCGUCGGGAGAGGCAAAGGAAGAAACUUUAUCAUCGGAUCCGUUUUUCUUGCCUGAUUUGUUUCGCACCGGAGACAGUUUUUGGGAUUCCAAAUUUACCCCUGAUCCUUUGUUUCUAGACAACAGCACGGUGUCUGGUGAUAACGAUACCAACUUGUCGGAGACUUUUCCCUUAGGGGUGAUCGGAGAUUUCAGCUCGUGGGACGUUGAUGAGUUUUUCCAAGAUCAUUUUGUUGGAUAACUAACUAGUCAAUCGAGUUAAGUUCGUUCCGUUCUUAUUCCUCUCAAAUUUUUCUGGGUUUCGUGUUUUGUUUUCCUUGUUCGUGUUGAGUGAGAUGUGGAUGAGUGGUUUGAUGAUAACGACGGGGAUGCAUCUGAGCCGUCCGUUUUCCCUUUCGUGGGCGGCUCCGAUCAGCGGAAGAAGCGCAUCGGAAUUAUUAUUUUCCUAAACUUUCUUUAAUGUAAUUGCGAGUAAAUAUAGUAAGUAAGUAAUUAGUGUGAGUGAGUUUAAAUAAGAUUUGUGAGAGAGUAUUUAUUAGGGGUUUUUUGAAAUUUUGGUUUCUCUCCGAGUCUGUAUGUCACUAUGCAAGGAAGCAGUAUAUAUAUUUAUAUAUAUCCCAUAUUAUUACUUAUAUAUAUAAUGCUAAAUCUUUGUCUUU